AAUGGAUUUUAUACCUGAUGAAAUACUGUCACAUAUUUUUCUACCUAAAUCGCAUCGGUCGAAGGAUAUGUGUUCUGGCCAUUCAGUCGCUAAUAGUCCGAAGAACACGUUGGAGUUUCAAAAUUUUGUCAUUAAUACCGAUAAAACAAAGAGAUUUUUAAACACCAUCAGCAAUGUGGACAAAACAGAUAAAAGCCCUCCUGAGUUGGUUCCAGAUAUGGUUGAUUCAUUUAGAGUAAUUCUUAAUAAUAAUAAAAAUUCUCACAUAAAGAGGAGAAAAAAUGUGACUGACUUGUGCACAAAACUCGAUAAAAUAUUACAAGAAGAUCUAAUAUUCCGUAUCUCACCAAUUAAUGAUAGCAAACAUUUCGAUGAAUAUAAGGAGAAAAGUUCAGUAUUACUAUGUGACGUGAAGAACGUUUUUGAAAAAGCACUAUUGUCAAUUUCUUGUGAACAGAAUAGUUUGCUUGUUAAUUUGCUUGAAAAGUAUGAGGAGAUUUUCGAGUAUCUGCUUAAUAUUUGCAGCAACUUACAUUUGGCUGUCGUAUCAGGCAGAAAUGACCUUUGCCUGAAAAACGUGGAAGGCUUAAAAAACAGAAAUAAUCUACAAGCAGCACUAAGAAGUCUAACAGAGGCGAGUUCAAGCAAUACAAAACUCCUCGUAGAAGUCGGCAAUCUACAUCUGGAGUUCAUUCAUGUAAUAUCUUCUGCAAAUUCAAAUGAGACUGCAAUAUCCAAUGUUCAUAAAUUGUACAAACUCCUACUUCAAAGAAUUGAAAGCGACCAAAGAAAAUAUGGUGAAGAAAAUCAUAUAUGCUUUUAUUUGGCUUUAGAUGUAGUGAAAAUGUUUUGUGAUAGAAAUAUCCUGAAUAUCAUAGGUCAACUUCAAACAUCCAAAGAUAAAUGGGUAUUUAUGUACGAUAGAUCAUUCCUUAUGACAAGAAAGUUAAUCACACAGUUGUAUGAAUUACUAACAGCGUGUACAGAAGGAGUUAUACGCUUUUCUGAACAUCUUGAAUAUUUAUUUAUGUCAUCUAAUUUUCAUCUGGAAGGACUGUUGAGAAAAAUUGAAAAAUUUGAAAUGUAUUUACAUCCAACAUUUAAAGAUGAUGUACAAAACCGGAAUCUGGACUAUGCAACACACGCUAAUGUUCACCUUACCGAUGUUCAAGAUACAGCACAUAAGGUGUUAAAUAAAAUAAGUGAAUUGUGGAAUGUAAAAAAAAAUGAUCUAAUAAAUCAUAUAGGUUUGAAUUCUGGUCAUUAUGAUGUUAAUAAUUCUGAAAACGAAGACGAAGACGCCGACGGUGAUGAUGAUGGUGAUGAUUUUAAUUCUGAUUGUACCGAAGAGAAAAGUAUGAAGGUGACAGAAGAAAAGAGUCAUUUAAAACGCAAACGAACUGUCAGUGUUAGAACAUACAAGCCUAAUGUGUUCAGUUCAAUAUUAAAAUUGGAAUGUGGUUCACAAAAUACAGCACAACCAAAAUUUUAUAAACAACUUUUUCAGAAUACAAAUUUCGAAUUAAAUCUCUACGAUAUAAAGUUAUUGCUGAAAUCAGCCUCAGAUGAAUUUCAUGCAUUGUUUAUAUUUUUAAAAGAGAAUUUAAACGGUCAACAACCUUCAGAAUUAUUUCAUUGGUUGAAUUUAACAAAUGACAUUAAUGGACUAGAAGAUAUUUAUAAUAGAUUAUCAUCAAUACUGACAAUGCAAGAACGUAAUUUAAUCAAACUGAUCAACUUAUAUGAUCUUGGCUUAUCAACUUUUAUUCAUAUGCUUGAGAAGUUAAAAAAUAACUUGAAUAAUGAACAAGAAGUUGGACCAUUUUAUGAAAUUGAAUCUCUAAGAGAAAAAUUUAAGGAGUGGAAAAAUUUAAUGACACUAGAUACUUGUGAUUUGCUUCAGCCUGAUCCUAUCGGGAGUGAAUCAUUGGAAGUUGAUGAUAAAGACAACGACAGAAUGGAUAAUAAAUCUAACCAAACAAUAUUGACUGGAAAUGAUCAUAAUCAGUCUACAUUGAACUUAAUUAUAAGCUUACAACAAAGCGUUAAUCAAAGAUUAAGUGAAUUAAAUAUGAAUUUAGUCAAUAAUGUUAAUAAAAUAGAAAGUAAAAAAUCAAUCAUCUGUCAACAGUUCACUUCAAAAUGGAUGUCCAAUGCAAUUAUAUGGAUUUGUUUGCAUUCCAGUAAUACUACAGUGGAAUGGAAUCAAUUAUUUGAAAAGAUAUGUAAUUCACAAGUGGAAAAUUUAUUCAUCAGAAAGAAUACUACAGAAAGUGAUAUGACUAUGAUGAUAAAGGCUUAUUCAUCAUCAGUUGAAAAGAAUAAGGAUAAGGGCAAUGGGAGCGUGAUACCGGAUGCAGCCAAUGAAGACAAGACGACAAGUAGUAGUAGUUGUAUUGAUUAUAAUGAUAUUAAUAAUUGGAUAUAUUCAUGUUUCAAGGCGAAUUAUGAAAGCAUACAAAAGCAGUUGCUUGAUUUUCAGACUAAGGAUAAACUGUACGAAGUUAUCAAUCUGAUAACUAAUCAACUUGAUGAUAUAUCCAAUGAUUUCAAUAUAAAUACAUGUUUAUCAAAGUAUUUCAAAGACAAAGGAGAUCAUGAAGUUUGGGAACUGCAAAGGAAAGAUUUAGAUCUAGCCAAACAAGAAUUUAUACAAGCUUGGCACAAUUUAGCAAGUGAAAUAUUCCCCCGAGAUCUUCAGCAUACAGAAAACGUUCAAUCAGAAUCUCCAAAGGAAAGUGCAAAGCACGCGAGUCAAAGUCCUAAUAACAAUUUAGACUUGGAUCAAUUACGUACAAUGACUGAGAAUAAAUUAUUCUGUAUCGAUUCACUUGACUAUCUUGACAAGCUAGUUCAAGCAGCAUUAGAACGUAAAAAGAAGGCUAUAAUAAGACGUAAUAAUUUGGAAGAAUCAAUAAAAUCUAAAGAGGAAACAAUCAAUAAACUUGAAAAAGAAAUGGAGGAUAUCGACAGGAAAUUGGUUGAACUUCGGACAAAAUUAGGCGAAACUUUUGAAAGUUUGCAAUUAGAAGCUCAACAGGACAAAUAAAUUGUUAUUGGAAUGUCUAGAGGC